GCUAGAAUCUAGCAACAAACACUCAAAAUGGCCGCCUCCGUGGCGCAAGAGCAAGCCGUAACCGUCGUCGCAAAUAAGCAGCGAAAAGUAUUUACCGGUGCAUCCGGGCGUCAAAAUAUCCGACUAGCACCUCAUGUGCCAACGGAAAUCACAGAAAACCCGGAAAUUAUUGAGGCAUUGCGAUGUCUUCCCGCAAACUAUAACUUCGAAGUGCCAAAGACCAUAUGGCGCAUCAGGCAGCUCAAUGCGAAGCGCGUCGCUCUGCAGUUUCCUGAAGGAUUGCUCAUUUUCGCCUUUGCUAUAGCCGAUAUCUUGGAAAACUUUACAGGCUGCGAUGUUGUCAUUCUAGGUGACGUCACAUAUGGUGCAUGCUGCAUCGAUGACUUCAGCGCAAGAGCGCUCGGCUGUGACCUCAUGGUGCACUAUGGUCAUAGCUGUCUCAUACCGGUGGACCAGAUGGAUGGCCUCAAAAUGCUUUACAUAUUUGUCGACAUUAGGAUGGACAUUCUACAUCUUAUUGAAACUGUGAAGCACAACUGGACACCUGUCACAUCUUUGGCAUUUGUCAGCACAAUUCAGUUUGUGUCCACAAUUCAGGCUUUGGUAUCGGAAUUGAAAGCAGAAGGCUACACUGUCAGUGCACCUCAGAUACGGCCCCUAUCGCCUGGAGAAAUCUUGGGGUGCACAUCUCCCAAGUUGACUGGGGUGGACGCUGUCAUCUACGUUGGGGAUGGACGAUUCCACCUGGAAUCAAUUAUGAUUGCCAAUCCAGAGGUUAAAGCCUACAGGUACAACCCUUACGACAAGACCAUCACCCAAGAAUUCUACGACCAUGACAAAAUGGCUGCCGUGCGAUGCAAGGCCAUCCAAAAGGCGUCUACAGCUGGAACCUUCGGUGUUAUCCUCGGAACCCUAGGCCGCCAGGGUAAUCCACUCAUUAUGCGUCGUCUGCGACAACAAGUCACGGAGAAGCUGAACAAGAACGUUGUCUGUGUGCUCCUUUCGGAAGUGUUUCCUAGCAAGCUGGAUCUGUUCGCCGACAUAGAUGCCUGGGUUCAAACGUCGUGUCCAAGAUUAUCUAUCGACUGGGGACUCGCAUUUUCCAAGCCAGUGCUGACACCAUACGAAGCGAGUGUCGUCGUAGGUGAUGUGUCGUGGCAAGAAAGGUAUCCGAUGGAUUUCUACGCAAGAGACAGUUUGGGCCCAUGGACUCCCAAUCACAAACCAGCUUUGCCUGCUAGGACGAUAAAGAAGGACUGUGAAGGGGGUGAUUGCAAGAAGUGACUUCGUGUGCACAAUCUGUGGAUAAGUCCCACGGUGGCCUUGUGAACUCAGGUACUAGGCUGGCACUGUCGCAGCCUGCUGAUGCUGAUGCAGUGUGCUGAUGAACAUGCUUCAUUGGUGCUGUUUCAACCCGUUGAUCAUAUCAGUGUUUUCAAAGAUUUUUUUUCGGUGGUCAAUCUUGAAGCAUCAUAGUCACUUAAUUGACAAGACCCUGUCGUCAACAGGCGUUAUUAAUUUUAUCAGCGGAACAGUGAACAUGAGUUCAAAGUUAGUGAUGCACCCCUGUCAGUCCUAAUUUGAGUGCCUAGAUAUUGCACAUUUGCAGUGUCUGCUAGCUCACAAGCUGUCAGCGUGAACACUCAGAAGCAUAGCAGACUAAAGCCUUAGUGCAGUAGUGAUACGUACUGGUGUAAAGGCAUGAAGAAAAAGCAUUAUGUAUGGAACAUAUGACCACGUUUUACCAAUCAUUGAGCAGAAUUUUUUGUAUAACAUUCGUACCUUUUACAAAAAUUACAAAAACAAAGGCGAACAUUUGUUUCUCCAAGUUUCUUACCUUAGAUGUGUUAUACAUACUUAAUUAUUGCUAUAAAUGAUAUGGCACAAUGUCGUGUCUGCAAAGGAACAUUUGCAAACAUUUUUCUGUGGUGGCAACCACUAUUUGCCUAUUUGCCUGCACUAUACCCAUGUUGUUACAUUUACCUGUGUCGAGACACCAGCUCCCUCUGGCCAGCAAACAAAACUUAUGCAAAAAAAAAAUCAUGCAGGGUUUGACAUGAACAUAUACAAAUAGAUUAAAUGAAUGGCAUGCUGUCCUUCUACAUGUA